AUGGAGGGAGGGGUGGACGCGGUACGUCCGGGCCAAGCCUGGGGCCCCCACUGCCCCAGGACACCCAGAACUCACAGGCCCCGGGGAAGCCCAAUCCCCGGCUGGGAGCAGCCGGCCCUACCCUCUAGCCCGGCCCCUAGACCUCCGCAAAGCGGUCAAAUCUCAGUCGCUCUCUCGUGGGGUCCGGAGCGGGCUCCCCAAGCCCUGCUCUCCGAGGGACGCAGGAUCAACAGCCGCCUGGAGACCGCAGACGCACCACCUACCUCGUCGGGACUCGCUGACCGGCCCCGGGCUCCCCAGGCUCCAGCUGGGGGCUACUGCUCCGGCGCGCUCCUCUCCCCGAGUCCUUCCUCUCCGCCUCCCGAGGCCGCUGGGGGAGAGGAGAUGGCUUUGGGCCUAUGGGACGAGCUCCCCUCAGGCCAACGUCCCUCCCAGGGCUUCACAGUUCAGUGCGCAGCAGACGAUCGGGCCCGAGCCCCGCCGCUCCUUAGCCGCCGCCGCCACCUGUCCUGCCUCUCCGACCCAACCCGAGGGCUCCGGGGCUCGAGCUUGAGGGUCUCAGCUCCAGCCUCCGCCCGGCCCGCGAGAACGCUCGCGCGCACAGCCCGCGCCCCCUGGACGCCGGCCCGGCCGGACGGCGUUCCAGCCCCGCAGGCCCCGGAAUGCCCGCCUGCCGGAGGCCAGAGCCUGGGAACGAGGGUGAGUGGUGACCCGGGCAGCGACAGGAAGCGACAGAGGCGCCGAGGCGGUACGCGUGCGCGAACACGCACACCGGACGAGCGCUGGAGGACGCCGGAAGUCCGCCUGCCAAAGCCCGCCUCCGGGAACCGGGCAAAUACCGGGACUCUAUUUCCCAGAAGUCUCCACGCCCCGGAAGUUAAGGGAACGUCUUAA